CGCCUCACUCUGAGAGCAGAGGAAGGGCGUGACGUCCCAGAAAGUCCCGCGUGACGUCGCACGGGCUCCAGGCGGGGCCGGUCCGGCCGCCUCCGACCCUGGAAGGCGGUUUUCGGGACCUCCCUCAUCUUAGGAAAAUGCAGGCUGCCCUGAGGCGUUGGCUUUCCCGCUAGGCUUUGGCAGAUUAGUGAGAGAAAGAGAAGAAAAGCGCGCCGUCUCUUCACAGCCCCGGAGCGAGCCCGCUUCCUUACCGGAGUUUUCAAGAAUCUCGAGGCAAUCUUGGAAGCCGUAAGUAUUUCAACUGUCUAAAGACAACUUUAUACAUAUAUAAUGUAAAAGAAAAGAUCAGAAAACAUUAGGCACAUAGAAGUGUGGAGUAUAUUAAGCAAAAUGAACAUCUCUGGAAGCAGUUGUGGAAGCCCUAGUUCUGCAGAUAUAUCUAAUGACUUCAAGGAUCUCUGGACAAAACUGAAGGAGCAUCAUGAUAAAGAAGUACAAGGUUUACAAGUAAAAGUAACUAAACUGAAAAAGGAACGAAUUUUAGAUGCACAAAGACUUGAAGAAUUCUUCACCAAAAAUCAACAGCUGAGAGAGCAACAGAAAGUUCUUCAUGAAACCAUUAAAGUUUUAGAAGAUCGUUUAAGAGCAGGAUUAUGUGAUCGCUGUGCAGUAACUGAAGAACAUAUGCGGAAAAAACAGCAAGAAUUUGAAAAUAUCCGGCAGCAGAAUCUUAAACUUAUCACAGAGCUUAUGAAUGAAAAGAAUACUCUACAGGAAGAAAAUAAAAAGCUUUCUGAACAGCUGCAGCAGAAAAUUGAGAAUGAUCAACAGCAUCAAGUAGCCGAGCUUGAAUCUGAGGAAAAUGUUAUUCCAGAUUUACCAAUAACUGCUUUUUCAUUUUCUGGCAUUAACCGGCUACGAAGAAAGAAUUUCCAUGUCCGAUAUAUAGAACAAACACAUACUAAACUGGAGCACUCUGUUUCUACAAAUGAAUUGAGAAAAGUUCCAAAAUCUUCAGCUCAUCUACAACAUAAGCCUAAUGAAAAGGAAAUUCUUGUGGCUGACACUUGUGAUCAAAGUCAAUCUUCAAUGGCUAAAACAUGUGGAACAAGCAGUUAUCCCACUGACAAGUCAUCUUUUAAUUUAACUACAGUUGUUGCCGAGACACUGGGACUUAGUGUUCCAGAAGAAUCUGAAUCUCAGGGUCCCAUGAGCCCUCUUGGUGAUGAGCUCUACCACUGUCUGGAAGGCGAUCACAAGAAACAACCUUUUGAGGAAUCUACAAGAAAUAAUGAAGAUAGUUUACGAUUUUCAGGUCCUAACUCAAAGACUCCUCCUCAAGAAGAAUUGACUACUCGGGUAUCAUCUCCUGUAUUUGGAGCUAGCUCUAAUGUGAAAAGUAGUUUUGGUUUGAAUACAAGUGUGUCCCCUUCUCUUUUAGAGACUGGGAAAAAAAACCAUCUGAAAACAGUACCUUUCAGCCUCACUUCUACUUCUAAUUCUAGAACAGAGAAUACUAGAUCAAAAUCAGAAGAUAGUGCCCUUUUCACACAACAUAAUCUUGGGUCCGAAGUGAACAAGAUCAUUAGCCAAUCAUCUUCUAAUAAGCAGAUGCUUAUAAAUAAAAAUAUAAGUGAAUCUGUAAGUGAACAGGAUAGUACUGAUCUCAUUAAAGAUGUUUUUACUGAUAAACAUGUGGUACCCUUGAAAUCACUGGGAUGCAGAACAUCCAAAAGGAAGAAAAUUGAGGAAGAAGGUGAAGAUGAAGUAAGCUGCCCACAAGCCUCUUUUGAUAAAGAAAAUGCUUUUCCUUUUCCACUGGAUAGUCAUUCUUCCAUGAAUGGAGACUAUGUGAUGGAUAAACCUCUGGAUUUGUCUGAUCGAUUUUCAGCUAUUCAGCAUCAAGAGAAAAGCCAAGGAAGUGAGACCUAUAAAAUCAGAUUUCGGCAAGUGACUCUCUAUGAGGCUUUGAAGCCCAUUCCGAAGGGCUGUCCCUCAAGCCAAAAGGCCUUGAGUGGGAGCUCUGUGCUAACCAAAGAUUCUACAGAGGAGCCCCGUUUACAGGAGUGCAUCCUUCAGCCCUUGAGUAAAUCCUCUCCAGAUAAUAAAACACCAUUACAAAUAAAAGAACAAAAUCCUAUCUUUAAAAUCCCUCUAUGUCUACAUGAAAGUUUGGAGACAGAGAAUCUUCUUGAUGACGUGAAGGAUGCUGGUUCUCAGGAGCCAGUAAGAAUAAAAACCAAGUCAGUCCAUGGAGCAUGUGAACUUGCAUCAGUUCUUCAGUUAAAUCCAUGUAGAAUCGCUAAAACAAAGUCUCUACAAAACAACCAAGAUGUAUCCUUUGAAAAUAUCCAGUGGAGUGUAGAUCCAGCAGCAGACCUCUCUCAGUAUAAAAUGGAUAGUACUAUAGUAGAUACAAAGGAUGACAGUCAGUCAAGAUUAGCAGGAGGAGAGACAGUGGACAUGGACUGUACAUUGGUUAGUGAAACUGUGCUUUUAAAAAUGAAGAAGCAAGAGCAGGAGGGAGAAAAAAGUCCAAAUGGAGAAAGAAAAAUGAAUGAUAGUUUGGAAGAUUUGUUUGAUCGUACAACACAUGAAGAAUAUGAAUCCUGUUUGGCAGAUAGCUACCCCCAAGUAGCAGAUGAAAAGGAGAAAUUGUCAACUACCACAAAGAAAGCAAACACCCAUGGUGAUAAGCAAGAUAAAGUGAAACAGAAAGCAUUUGUGGAGCCAUAUUUUAAAGAUGAUAAAAGAGAGACUGGCUUACCAAACUUUCCUCAUAUUGAGGUGAUUCGGAAAAAAGAAGACAGAAGAAAAUUGCCCGGACACACAUGUAAGGAAUGUGAAAUUUAUUAUGCAGAUAUUCCAGCAGAAGAAAGAGAAAAGAAAUUGGCUUCCUGUUCAAGACACCGAUUCCGCUACAUUCCACCCAACACACCAGAGAAUUUCUGGGAAGUUGGUUUUCCUUCCACUCAGACUUGUAUGGAAAGAGGUUACAUUAAGGAAGAUCUUGAUCCUUGUCCUCGUCCAAAAAGACGGCAGCCUUACAAUGCAAUCUUUUCUCCAAAAGGCAAGGAGCAGAAGACAUAGAUGUCGAAGCAAAAACAGGAUAGAGAACAACUUUUUUCUUUUUUUUUUCUUUUAGUUAUUUAUAGCUAAAGUUGGUAUUAAACAUGGUUUUUUUAAUCUUCUAUAAACUGAUUUAUAAAUCAUUUUUCUAUUGAAAAUGUUUUUUAAAUGGCAUUUACCCACCACACAAACAACUAUUUAAAAUGUGGAUAGGUUUAAGUCAAAUUUUCUUGCUUUUGCACCUUUAAAACAAUGAAGUGCUUUCAUUUUGCACUCUAACUUAAGAUUUGUUUAUUUACUUUUUUUAUAUCACGUAAUUACAAUUUUGAAAAUAUGAUAGUUGUAAUCUGUGAUUUAUUGCCUUUCAAAUCUUUUUACUCCAUCUUCCUUUGGUAUUUACUUUCAGCAGUGACUUCAUGUUAAUCAUUACAGUAUAUACUGUUUGGUUCUGAAUGUGAUUCUGAAUUUUUUUACAAUCCUAUUAUAGCUUCUAGUGAGCAUUUUUCUUCCCUUCCCCAAAUUGUUUAUCCUGUGUUUGAUUUUUGUUCUCUGCUGACAGUCAACUAAUCUCCCCAAAAUAAUAGCAACCAUUCAUUCAUUGGCCACUUAAUUCAAUGCCAGGAACUGUUUUGCUCUUCACAUAGAUUUUUCUCUUUUAACCCCGGAUAAUCUUAUGAAUUUAUGUAUCAGCUUAACAUUAAGCUGCCAAAAGUGGAUUCAAAAAAAAAAAAAGACAGAUUAAACAACAAAUGACUGAUUUUAUUUUUCUCACAUUAAAAAGUCUGGAGGUCGGCAGUCCAAGACUGGUAAUGCAGCUCUGUGAUGCCCUCAUACACCUGGAUUUCUUCUAGCUUUAUGCUAUUUCAUACUCUUUAUGUGCCCUUCAUUCUUUUAACUAUAAAAUAGUUAGACCACCUCUAACAUCGUUCAUAUUCAUGUUCCAGGCAGGAAGAAGGGAAAAUAAAAAAAGCCUAUAUCA